CUUUGUAAUGUUUUGUAAUUUGAGUAUUAGGGUAUUUUCAAUUAAAUUGAAUAUUUAUUCUUCAUAAAAUAAACAAAUUUCCAUCUUAUGUAUUACUUCUAAAGUUUUUCACCUUGUAAAAUAAGCUUCAUUUUUUGAUAUCCGACAAUUACUAUGCUGAUAUUUCGUUGCUCAGAUAAACUAGAUGACGAAGCUUCAACGAACAAGAGCGCAGAAAGGCAAUAUGGAGAAAAAGUGAAAGAUAACGUAUUUGACAAAGUUUCAAGCGCCAAGAGCGCAGAAGGCCGGUAUGAGGAGAAAGUGAAAGGGCUUCUUAAAGAUAAACUAGAUGACGAAGCUUCAACGAACAAGAGCGCAGAAAGGCAAUAUGGAGAAAAAGUGAAAGAUAACGUAUUUGACAAAGUUUCAAGCGCCAAGAGCGCAGAAGGCCGGUAUGAGGAGAAAGUGAAAGGGCUUCUUAAAGAUAAAUUAGAUGACGAAGCUUCAACGAACAAGAGCGCAGAAAAGCAAUAUGGAGAAAAAGUGAAAGAUAACGUAUUUGACGAAGCUUCAAGCGCCAAGAGCGCAGAAGGCCGGUAUGAGGAAAAAGUGAAAGAUAAUGACGAGUUGGAGGAAGUUUUCCGCGUAUUGAUUCGUCUCAUUCCUGAUAAAUCUGAAUGGAAAGCCUUCGUCAAUGAUGGAUUGAAAAUGCUGAAGUGGGAAGAAAGUGAGACCAAAGGGGAGAAAAUGAAAGAUCUCAGAAGAUGGAAACGGGUUAAAGGAAGGAAAGCGACACCGGACAAUUUGUGUCUUAUUAUCCGCGAGCAUUUCAAGAACGAUUCCAGCAUUGUACGAGCAAUGUCAUCUGGCUUUGGAGCACUUUCUGAUGGGAUUAACAAGAUUUCGGAUGCGAUAAACAAUAUAAACAUCCGUCCUCAAGACAAAACAACCAACUUACAAUCAGUGGAAGGGCGUACCGUGAUAAUUGGUGCUGGAAACGUCCAAUAUCGCUAUUAUGGCGAAUCUAAAUAAAUCAAAUAGAUCUGUGGUGUGAUGUUACGUCCUCACGAAUCUUUGAAUUAAUUAUUUGCUCACAAUUAUUCCCUUCUUUCAAAUCAACUUAUAUACUCUCUUGUAAAUCAAUUUAUUCUAAAUCUUUAAAUACCACCAAGAUCCCAAUGUAUAUAUACCGUUCUAUGUCGAACCCUUCAAGUCUUCCGUCAAUCGGUAUUUACUGUAACUGCGAAUUAUCUCUACAACUUUUUAACGUUUCAGUAGCUCUUGGCACUUCAGUGGUUUCCAUAACUUCGCUCAGUUUAUUAUGAUUCUGAGUGAGUGUGCGUGUUCUUGCUCUGAGCACAUUUCAUUUAUUAAAAACUGUUAAAAAUAUCGUUAACCUAAUAGAAUUUUCAAUUUAGGUUUUUAAAAUCAAUUUACUGAGGUGUUUAGUAAGAUUUAUGUUUUUCUGGUUCAAUUGUAUAUUGAAGGAUUUAUUCUUAUCAUUGAUAAGAAUGAUACCUAUUUGUUAACUAUUCUCAAUUGUAUUCCUAAUUU